UUAUGGAAACAAAUUUACCACUUACUCGAGUAAAAAAAAUUGCAAAAAUUUCUUUAGCAGAAGCCAACCCUUCAACAACUUCAAAAAAUUUAAUAACUUCCGAAGCUGUUAAUUUAUUGACAAUUGCAACAGAAAAAUAUAUUCAACUUUUGAGUAAAUCUGCUUGGAAUUGGACUUUGGCAAGUUCUCGAAGAACUUUACAAGUUGUGGAUAUUGGUUAA